AUAAGCGCGGUGGGUUAUUCCUCUGCAGCCACCAUCGCUCUGUGUUGAAUAGAAUAAUCAGUUCCUGUUUAACGAGUUUUUCUUAUGGAGGUUGGGCAGGACACUGGUUAGGAUACUACAUCAUAGCAGCAGGACUGAAUUCCGUUUAUGUAUUCAGGAUAGCUGAUAGAUCACCACCGUUGCCAAGCAUGGCAGGCGGUAUAAACUAUUCUCGUAUAAUUCAAAUAGUGACCCUUCUUGUGUUUGCGCUUGGAUGCGGAGCGCGAUACACGGCCGAUUGGGAAAGUCUGGACGCAAGACCCCUACCGCAAUGGUUCGACGAUUCGAAAUUCGGUAUUUUUAUUCAUUGGGGGGUAUUCUCUGUCCCUGGUUUUGGGAAGUUCAGUGAAUGGUUCUGGUAUUGGUGGAAGGGUUUAAAAUAUCAACAAGAAAUUGAGUUCAUGCGCAAAAACUACCCACCUGACUUCCAAUACGCAGACUUUGCAAAAGAGUUUCAUGCAGAAUUCUUUGACCCCAACGGUUGGGCCGAAAUAUUGGAAGCGUCUGGUGCCAAGUAUGUGGUGUUUACAUCGAAGCACCAUGACGGGUUCACUAACUGGCCUUCACCAACAUCUUGGAACUGGAACUCCGUGGACGUUGGUCCACACAGGGACCUGGUGGGAGAACUGGCUGCAGCGGUCAGGAAGAAGAAUUUGCACUUUGGAUUGUACCAUUCUAUGUUUGAAUGGUUCAACCCACUUUACCUGGCUGACGCAGCUUCCGGCUUCAAGAACCAGGACUUUGUGUUCGGCAAGGCGCUCCCAGAGCUGGCGCAGCUGGUGAAAAAUUACAAGCCGGAUCUGAUCUGGUCGGACGGGGACUGGACUGCACCGGACACCUACUGGAACUCCACCGAGUUCCUGGCCUGGCUCUACAACGACAGCCCGGUCAAGGAUGUGGUGGUGACCAACGACAGGUGGGGUAAGGGCUGCUACUGCAAGCAUGGCGGUUACUACAACUGUGCCGACCGCUACUCGCCCACCCAAGUGCCCACCCGCCAGCGGGAGAAGUGGCAGACCAUCGACAGCCUGUCCUGGGGCUACCGCAGAUACAUGAAGGCCACGGAACUGCUCACCCUGCCCAGCAUCCUGAAGGACAUGGUGUACGUGGUGGCCUUCGGUGGGAACUACCUGCUGAACAUCGGACCCAUGAGCGACGGCAUGAUCCCCCCGGUGUUCGAGGAGAGGCUGCGGGACAUCGGCAGCUGGCUGAAGAUUAACGGGGAGGCGGUGUACGGCUCCAAGGCCUGGAGGAACCAGACCGAGCCGGCCGUCGUCCCCCUCUACUACACGGCAAAGAACAACUCUGUCUAUGCCGUCAUAUUCGGCUGGCCCCCCAACCAGAGGCUUCAGCUAUCACUGCCCAAGACAUCCAAAGCCACCAACGUGACACUCCUGGACUACCCUAACAUGCCACUGACAUGGAAACCAGUGAAGGGAGGCGGGCUGGUGAUCUCUAUGCCUCCAAUGGCCGCAUCCGCUGGAAACGCCUGGACUCUGAAGCUGGAGGGGGCCGCCUAGCAACAGAAGGGUUGAGUGGAGGCAGUGGUUCUGCAACAUUUCUGUCUACUUCGUGCAGUUGUUGUUUGCUGUUUCCAUUUGAGGAUUGUAUUGUUGUAACUAGUGUUGUUGUUUAGGUU